CUGAGGCAUCAAUCCCGCCCCGUCACAGAUUUCCAGGCCAAUCAGAAUUUCAUCUUUCCAACGACUUUCACCUUCUCAUUCAAACUUCAAUGGCAUAGCAAGCCGUGCACUUUUCAUUACAGAAGCGCAAGUAUCAAUCGUCUGUGUCAAGUCCGGUCGGUCUUCUCUCUGCUGAUGCUGAGUAUGGAAUUGAACUCGCUUUUUACACUGGACCGCUAUGGAAAACGUCAACCGUGCCCGGCAGUCUCCGCCAGAUCUGUCAAUCAGUGGGCCAGGCACAGCGCCGGGUGUUGACGUCUCAAAUGGCGCACAAGUGGACCCUGCAGAGACAGAACCGGGCAAUGCGUCGGCGCAAAGAGUCCCCAAAAAGCGUACCAAAACAGGCUGCCUGACUUGCCGCAAGCGUCGCAUCAAAUGUGGAGAAGAGAAGCCGACGUGCAAUAACUGUCUGAAAUCAAAACGCGAAUGCCAAGGCUAUGGCCCUCGCCUGAUCUUCAAGAACCCAUUAGGCAUCUCAGCUUCCGGGUUCGGCCAACAAGCGACCUUUAAUGCUCAGGCACCGUCGACGCCACUUCCUAAUGAGCCUUCAGUAGCCCAGCAAAGAAAGGACAGCCCGCAUCAGCCUGUUCUAGCUCCGAAGCUGUCUACGGCAUCCGAUGUGGAGAACCAGAUCCCAAUAGAUACCCCGGCGCUCAACGAGGAUCGUGGAAUCAGCAAUGCCAGAGCCCCCCUUAAGUCAGCAGUAUCAGGUCAGGUCCACCUUCCCGCGGGGCCGGACAAUGCCGGAAAAUACACGCCACCGGAUACCCUCGCGUUUCUAGAUCAACAGAGACAGCAGCUGUCGGCGAACGCAGGCGCUGGCUAUUCAUGGUCUGACACUGUUGCUUAUCCCCAAAGGGGUCCUUGGCUGCCAAACGCUGCAUCGUCUAAUGCAUAUCUACUGCAAGAGCAGGCUAGGACCAAUUCACAAUUACCUAGCUCGCAAUCAUCAUCAUCGCCCUUUGGGGACUAUAUGGAAGAAGAUCAAGAAGACGACUAUUACAAUGGCGAGUCAGAGGAGGAACGCGAAGACCAGAUUUCUGUGCAGAAUUACAACCAGCUUAGUCUUAUAAUGGCGUCUGCCAACCGCGACGAGCGACAGCUGCGGUCCUUCACCACCUAUUUGAACGAACCGAAUGUGCUUGGUUCUUACAUCCCAACCUACGGCUCGUCACCUUUGAACAAUCCAAAGACGGCGAGAAUAUUCUUACAUUUCAUCCACUCGACCGGACCAUCACUAUCCGUCUUCGAGCGGCACCCAAUUGACCCAUCCACCAUGCUUGGCGCCCCUGUGCCAACAGCACAGCAGGGUCUGUGGACAUACACCCUUCCCCUUAAAGCCCUGGAGAGCCAAGUCUUGUUGCAAGCGAUUCUCGCCUUGAGCAGUUUGCAUAUCUCUCUCCUCCAACAAGCGCCACCGACAGUUUCCUUGAAACAUUAUCACUACGCCCUAAGAAGAGUUGGCGUCGCUGUCGGGCUUCCCAUGCGACGCAAGCAGAUCACGACCCUGGCGGCGACACUGCUCCUAGGAUACUACGAGGUCAUGGGCGCCGAUCAUUCGAAAUGGAAUAGUCAUGUUGCUGGCUCAGCGCAAUUGGUGCGGGAGAUUGACUUCGCCGGCAUGACCCGUGGACUUCGUGCUCAGCGACGAAGACAGUGGGCUCAAAGACAGCAAAUGCAGGCGCCGAUGAUGGCACUCACGGACAGUUACCUUUAUGGAGGCGCCGCCUCUGACGACGAUCCCUUUGCAGAGAAGGAAAGCAGUAUCAACGAGCAGUUCAUCGGAACUUUACUCGGGCGAGCCGUGAACUACGAUGAAUUUGGACAGAUCAAUGAUGAGAGUGGCAACCCUCGUCAUUACAAGCAUUUCACUCGGAAGGAUAUCGAGAACUACCGGAUUCAAUGUGAUCUGUAUUGGUGGUAUUGCAAGCAAGAUGUCAUGCAGAGUAUCAUUAGCGGCUGCCCAUUGUUCAUGCCAUAUUCCCAAUGGGGUCAAUGCCCUCCUCGUGCAGGCAUGGGCCGAAUGGACGCCAUCUACGGCUCCGCAGACCACCUGUGGCUGCUGCUGGGCCGUUUGGCGGAGUUCAGCCGACGCGACAGGAAGCGGAAGCUGAAAACAGCUAAGGCUACAGGGUCAGAAUGGCGCCCUGAUGCCAACCUGGGCAAGUUCAUGGCCAGAUUUGCAAGAGGCCGAUCCGGACCUCCAGGAGGUGGAGGGCCGCCCGGAGGACCCCCGGGAGGGCCUCCCCGGCAGCCUCCCCCCGGUUUCAAACCCGGCGCACCUCCCAUGUACGGCAUGGCGCCCUCAAGCGGGCCUCGACGAGCGCCUGCCGUAUUCCUCAACACCCCGGAAUCUAACCAACCGCCCGAAGAGGAAGAGGAGGAUUCGUCGUAUCACGAAGCCGAGAAGGAAUGGGAGAGCAUGGUCGCAGCCUUCGACACCUUUCAGCAGGCCAUGGGACCCUACUUCCUGCCCCUACCCGCCGACUCGGUCCCCCCGAUCUCGACCCCCUUCGGUCCGGCUCUGCAGUACCGCACGCACACGAUUGCCACCAUUUGGUGCUUCUACUACACGGGCCGGAUCCUCCUGCACCGACUGCAUCCAUGCAUGCCGCCGGCCAUGAUGGUCGCCGCCGGCGUGGCUGCCGCGACCACGGCCGAGUACGCGCAGAUCAUCGGCCGCAUCGCGGCGGGCGUCUACUACCCGCAGUCCUUCCACCUCGAAGCAGGCAGCCUGAGCCCGACACUGGGCUCGUGCUUGAUUGAAAUCACCGUCCCGCUUUUCUUCGCCGGGGUCCAGUACACCGAUCCGAUGCAGCGGGAAUGGCUGGUUACGGAGUUGCUCGACCUCAACCGCCUGAGCGGCUGGCGUACCUCCGACGCGAUCGCCCGCGGCUGCGAGAACGCUUGGGUGGUAGCCGCCGCCCAGGGCCGCGGCCCGCCCUACACGCGCCGCGACCGCACCAUCAAUAAGCCCGUCUCCAUGUGGACUCCGCCGUCGGAGGAGGAAGAGAAUGGCACCGUUCGUCCCUACAAUAGCUCGGAACGACGGUUUGUCACGGUCAGCAAGCGGCCGAAUGCGAAUUGGGCCAUGGGCAUUCUGAGCCUGGAAGACGACAUACUUAACUUGGACAUUAAUGACCAGACAUGAAACCAUGGGGCAUACCUUCGAUGUUUGCCUUACACACGAAUGAAGCUGUGAAUGGAGGGUGGCUAUUGCAUUUAGCUGGUCGGACCCCACUUCCAGAGCCAUUUCUCAGAUACAGGGGAAAAUAAAAACCACUCUCUAAUGUUUAAGUCCCUCGGAUUGUCUGAAACCUAGAAUCAUUCGGCAGAGCUUGCUCGCUCUUCGCCUCUUAUAUCCCCUACGAAUGCGGCCCACUGACCCCAUAAUGGAAAGUCCUUUAUCUCCUCGUUCUAUGCUCGCUGGGAGUGUACUCUUCGUCCUCGCUUCUCUUCUUAGCACUGAAGGGAAGAACGCAUUUGAGAGUCCAAGCCCACGUGACAUAUUUGCUGUUGGGGGACCUUUUGACAGUUUCGUGUCAUGCUGAGUCGGUAGUUGCAGAAUUUGUGGGCUCGGCUCAUCUACUCAUGAAUUCCUACCUACGCAG